ACUUAUUGUUUUUAUGUUAUCAGCGUUGGCACUGCUCAAUACAAGUAAUAUAGUAUUGAAAUUUCUAAAUUGCAAUAAUUUUAACAAAUUUUUCUUUUUAACUAAUUUAUACAAAUGAAUUACGAAGGCAGUAUGUUUGAGAACAGAAUCAAUAUUACGUUCACAGAAGGACAGCUAUUAUGCGCAAUUUGUACAAGACCCUGGCUAAACAACUCUCCGAGAUGUUUGCCAUGCGAAAUAAGCCAUAUAUUCUGUUCGGAAUGCAUAGAAGAGUAUGGAAGAAUCAAUCUAUUGGAAGAAGGAAGUACUUUCUCAUGUCCAGUUUGUCGAGCUAAACACUAUUGGCCAAGAAAAGGUGUACAGUCCUUUAUUCUUUUGACUCCAUUUGUUGAUUGUUGUACUACAUCUUUCGCAAAUGAAGAAUCCGAAUCGACUAGUCAUUUUCAGCAAAAAACUGCUCAUAAAACAAAGUCAAAUACUAAUGAAAAAGAUAUACAAGAUAUACAAGAAUUAAGGAUAAAAAUAAGCAAGACUUUAGAACAAUUAGAAAAAAGGAGGGACAUAGAAUGGAAGCUUUUAGAUGAUGAAAUAAAAAAUAUCACUCAAUUAAUAGAACAGAGAAGAUUAAUCCUUCGAGAUCAAUUAAAUAUAUUCUAUAAAGAAAAGGAAUCAAAGUUAAGAGACUUAUUGAACGACGCUAAAAUUUUGCAAUCAUUUAGAAUAACAGCAAGUGAUAGAUUUAAAAAAUGCUACGAAGAAAUGAGACAAAGACUCUUUAAAGAAACUAUUGAAAUAUUUAAUAGCUAUGCCGUCUUUAGUAAAUCUUAUGAUAAAAGUGCAUUAAAUUUAGGCGAAAUUAUUAAAAAUUCAAUGGAUAUUUAG